CCUGCUGACAGCCGGUGGUUAGAGUUUGUUCCAGCUGUGUUGCAGAGCUCUGGGGAUAUGUAGAACAGAGGCCCGGCGCAUCAGCUCACCUUCACAGACCGCUGACCCGCACCCAGCCGAGGCGGUUCGAGAAACAAACAGAGAACCAGCAGAGCGAUUGAUAACAAAGUGGACUGAUAGGAGAUGUGUGCUGCUGUCUACAUCUUGUCAACAGUGACGGGCUACGUGCUCACCUCGGCCCUGCUGCUCAAAUGUCCGGCUCUUCUGCACAGGAGGAAGAGGGAGAGGUUCCUCAGCAGGCACAUUUCCCAUCGUGGAGGGGCAGGAGAAAACCUGGAGAACACCAUGGCAGCUUUCAAACAUGCUGUGGAUCUUGGUACAGAUAUGCUGGAGCUGGACUGCCACCUGACAAAGGAUGAACAGGUCGUGGUCUCGCAUGACACCAACUUGAAGAGGAUCUGUGGUGUCAGUGCUAACAUCAGCGACCUGGCCUAUGCUGAACUUCCUCCAUACCUGUGCAAGCUAGGCGUAACCUUUGAAAGGGAGCAUUUCUGCGAGGGUGGUGAAGACAAACGUAUCCCUCUCCUCCGGGACGUCUUUGAUGCUUUCCCAAACACUCCCAUCAACAUCGACAUCAAGGUCAACAAUGAUGCACUCAUUAAGAAGGUUUCUGAGCUGGUGGUUAAGUAUGACAGAGAGGAUCUGACUGUGUGGGGCAACUCCAGAAACCAGAUUGUCAAAAAAUGUUACAAGGAGAAUCCCCAUAUUCCAGUUUUGUUCAGUUUUCCCAGGGUACUGCAGCUACUGGGCCUCUUCUACACAGGCCUCCUGCCCUUUGUGCCCCUGAAGGAACAGUUUCUGGAGAUCCCCAUGCCCUCUCUAAUAACCAAAUUAAAAGAUCCCAACAGAUUAACACGGAGUCAGCGGUUUAUUGCUUGGCUUGCAGACACUUUGCUGAUGAGGAAAGCUCUUUUCCAGCAUUUAACUUCCAGGGGAAUACAGGUGUACAUUUGGGUGCUGAAUGACGAGGAGGAUUUCCAAAGGGCAUUUGACUUGGGAGCCACGGGAGUAAUGACAGAUUUUCCCACCAGGCUCAAAGAGUUUAUGGAUAGGAAUGGCAUUUCUAAGUCCCAGUGACCCGCCGACUCCUACCUCUGCCCGUCACCGUGGUCAUUAUCCUUCAAGCUAGCUGACCUUCCAAACAAGCUACUCACAUUCACCCACUUUUACUGCAUGCGUUCUUGCAGCUCUACUCCUGCAUUGUGUUACACAAGUAUGAGGCUCCAGUGAAUCCCCUUGUAUUGGAGAUGUGUACUUUUAUAGUUGUUGCAAUAGAAAAAUCCCAAAGAGAUUUUAUUUGUUUUACUUAAGCCUGACCUUUAUUUUUCUCUAAUUCCUCAUCUUAAACUUUUGAUGAAAGGUCCCAAAUAUUAGAGCCAUGCAUAAAUUUGUCAUGUAGCAACAGCCAUGUUAGAGAUUUACUAUUAAACCUAUGUUAUUAAGCAUGUUUAUGGAUACAAAAGCCUACCUAGAAUUGUUGUAUAGCUCUAUUUCCAGUUAUGAUGUUCAUACACAAGAUUCCAGUUAAUUUGACUAAAUUGUGACAUUUUUAACAUUGUUAUCUGCAUUUAGAUGCAAACACUGUCAUGAGCUGCGAGGGACUUGUUGACAAUUUUAAAAAGCCAUUGCACCGUAAAAAUUCAAGAGAUUUGGUUUGUCAGGCUGCAACAGAUGGUUAAAAUGGCACCAAGUUGAACAAUUUGCACAAAAAAUCUAGAGAACUUGUAGCACAAAUGGCAUUAAAAGCCGCAAAAAUAUAAUUUUGUAAGGAAUUGUAUUUUUAUUUUUGAAAAUAUCUGCAUAUAUUGCCUAUUAAGUUUGUCUUAAAAAGUUAUGAAACAUAUUUUGUUUACAGGUGCAUUUCAGUAAGUUAGAUUAUCUUUGAAAAGUUAAUUUUUUUCAUUAGUUUAAUUCAGCGAGACUCAUUACAGAGUGAUAUGUUUAAGGUCUUUAUUUCUGUUUGAUAAAGUUAAUUAAAACUCCAUUAUCCAGUUUAUCAGAAAAUUAGAAUAUUGCAUAAAUCUAAUUACAAAAAUAUUUUAACACAGAAAUGUCAGGCUUCAGCAAAGGAUAUCCAUGUGCAGUAAAGUAUAUGCAUUCAACACUUGAUUGGGGCUGCUUUUGCAUAAAUCGCUGUAUCAGUGCUGCAUGGCAUUGAGGUGAUUAGCCUCUGGCAUUACAGAGGUGUUAAGAUCAGGCUGAUUUCAAAGCGACCAGCGGCUUAUUUGCAUCAUUGGCUCUGGUGUCCCUCAUCUUCCUUUUCCCAAUAACAUAACAUUUCUGUUCUCUAUGGCUCACAGGGAAAAGUAGUUGUCUUGUAAGUGGAAAGUUUAGGCUUCCUCCCCCUGUCACAUGUCGAUGAGCCCCUGGGCAAGACCCCUAACCCUAAGUUGUAAACCAAUCCGCACAUUGGUGUAUCAGUGUGUGAAUGAACUAUAACUCCAAGAUCUCCUAUAUAAAUUCAUUUUGUUUACUGUUGAACUUAGAAUAUUUAAGUUUUCUCAGAAAUUUAGUUUUGAGUUUUAAUUAGCUGUAAACCCGGGUCGUUAAAAUGAACAGAAACAAGUGCCAUAAUAUAUUGCUCUUUAUGUGAUAAAUUAAGUUAGCUUUUAACACGACUUAUGUUUUGAUGAUAUUGUAAUUCACUGAGAUGCACCCAUUUAUUACUUUCUAAGCCAUUCAAAAUAUCCAAAUCUGUCAAACACAGUGUCUGGCAUUAGUAUUAUAAUUAGAGAGAAAUAAAACCUUUAAAGUGUUUUUAUGAAACUCAUAAACUUGGUCUCAGAAUUUAGGAGUACAAGAACUUUUUUUCUUCCCCUAAAAUGACUUUGAAUUACAACUAAGAUAAAAAUCCACAUAUUGAAGGUGGAAAAUCCUAGUUUACAUGAUAAUGUCUAAACUACUUGUAUUACACCUGCUGUGUAUUAUUUUCUUUGGGCUAUGGUUUAUUUUUGUGUUUUUUUCCCCCUAGCAUUAAACAUUGGCUAAACAGUGUUAGAUGUUGAAGACAAUGGGACUGAAAUGACCACUAACAUAUUCUGCUAGUUUUAUCAGAUAAGAAUUUCAUCUAGGAAAAAUUACCUUUAUUGUGUGAAAAUGUAUUUUUCCUACAACUCAUCGGGUGUUGUCACUCUUCAAUUAUUGAACAGUAGGGGUAGCAGUGGUUUGUAAGGCUGUAAUACCUUGCUCGUUAUUUAAUGCUGUCCAUUUUUUGUCUGGAGUCGGGCAAUCAAUUGGCCUUUGCAAUAAAAGGUUUGUCAACAGCUGAAAGGCAUAUUUCUAUGUCAAAACUUACCUGCUAGUUCUAAAAAAAAAAAUUAAAAAAAAUCAGAGGUUCCCCUCUUAAAAGUCCCACUGUGCUACUAAACUUGAAAGAGGCAAACCCUUUUUUUUUUUAUUGCUCAGUGUACUGUAAUCACAAUCUUUUGGUUUUCUUGUAUUUUUAUAAGUAGAAAUGUCUAUUCAGUUUUUUUUUUCCGUGAGUGAAUAUGUUGCUCAUCUGUGAUUCGAGAGAAGAGUUUUGCACAGUUUAAGAAUCAUUAUCUUCUCUUGUGACAGUAGACAUAUUGAAAGCAGAUAUUGGUUUUCAAUCUUUAGAUGAUAUUUUAGCCCAAUUGAGCUAAAUGAUGGAUGCUGAUAUUGUAUUUCCUGCUGUUAUUUGAAACUGAAAUGUAAUAAAAACUGCAAGACAAUUAUGCCCAGGUACCACAAAGAGGGUGUAACAGGGUUUUUAAACACAUAUACCACUAAUAUUUUUAUCCAUACAUGUGACCAUAUGUUGGUGGUCUGUAAUGAACGUAGUGUUGAUUGAAUGUACCAUAAAAUGUUUGGUAUUUUGCUGUGUUUCUAUGUCAUUUGCUGCUUUGAUUGAAUUACUUUCACAGUGUCUGAUCUGUUCAUCCACUGUUGCAGUUUUUUUUUUACUAAACUUGAACCACCAGUCCUAUUAAAAUGACGUUAUUGUGCUGUA